CUCCAUUUCAAACGCCAAGUCGAGAACGCGGCGUCGUUCGCCCGCUGCAGGCCGCGCGGCCUCCCCCACCCCCGGGCGCCUGGUCCCCGGAGGCUUCGCGUCUAGCGGAAACCAGGGGGUCCGGAACGGUUCCUUGGCGGAACCUCUGAGAGGAGGCCCCGGGAGUGCUCUGAGGGACGGACUGUGGCGGGCCCCGCCAAGUUGGGAGGGAUGGCGGCGGACGAGGCGGCGCCGCGGGCCGCGGUGCCGGUGGAGCUGCAGCGGCGGCGGCUGGUGUGCGUGGAGUACCCGGGCGUGGUGCGCGACGUGGGGAAGAUGCUGCGCACGCUGGGCGGGGAGGAGGGCGUCUCCCGGAUCUACACAGACCCUACCAAAAGGCUGGAGCUGUACUUCCGGCCCAAGGACCCAUACUGCCACCCAGUGUGCGCCAACCGCUUCAGUACCAGCAGCUUGUUGCUGCGGAUCAAGAAAAGGACGAGACGGCCCCGAGGGGAGCCGGGGGCUGAGGCUCGCCCCCGAGUUUCCUUCAACAUGGAGAUCCUCGGCAUCGUCUCUACCAUUUACAAAUUUCAGGGAAUGUCUGACUUCCAGUUCUUGGCUGCGCAUACGGAAGAGGGCCACAAGCACGUGUCCAUGUACAACAAGGUGCUCCUGCUCAAGCCCGAGAAGGAGGCUUUCUUCCAGCAGGAAGUACCGCUCUACAUCCCCCCGCCCAUCUUCUCCCGGCUAGACACCCCCGUGGACUAUUUCUACCGCCCGGAGACACAGCACCGGGAAGGCUACAACAACCCCACCAUCUCGGGGGAGAACCUCAUCGGCCUGAGCCGGGCCCGGCGCCCCCACAAUGCCAUCUUCGUCAACUUCGAGGAAGCCGAGGUGCCUGUGCAGCCCCUGGAGGCGGCGGUGAACACGUGGAAGAGGGCCUGCACCAACCCCAUAGACCAGAAGGUGGAGGAGGAGCUGAGGAAGCUGUUCGCCAUUCGUCCCAUCUGGUCGCGCAAUGCGGUCAAGGCCAACAUCAGCGUCCACCCGGACAAGCUCAAGAUCCUGCUUCCCUUCCUGGCCUACUACAUGAUAACGGGCCCCUGGAGAAGCCUGUGGAUCCGGUUUGGCUACGACCCCCGCAAGCACUCGGAGGCCAAGAUUUAUCAAGUCCUCGACUUCCGAAUCCGUUGUGGAAUGAAAUACGGCGGCAGCGAGAUGCCUGUCAAGGCGAAGCGCAGCACCUACAACUACAGCCUGCCCAUCACCGUCAAGAAGACGCCCAGCCAGCUCGUCACCAUGCAUGACCUGAAGCAGGGCCUGGGCCCGUCGGGGGCGUCCGGCCCACGGAAACUGACCUCCAACAAGUAUAAGCUCAAGGAGUCGAUCUAUAUCUUCCGGGAGGGCGCCUUGCCCCCCUACCGCCAGAUGUUCUACCAGCUGUGCGACUUGAAUGUGGAGGGGUUGCAGAAGAUCAUCCACCGCAAUGACGGGGAGGAGACCGCGUGCACCGAGCGGGACGGCUGGUGCCUCCCCAAGACCACCGACGAGCUGAGGGACACCAUGUCCCUCAUGAUCCGGCAGACCAUCCGCUCCAAGAGGCCUGCUCUCUUCUCCAGCCCGGACAAGGCUGACCCUGCAAAAGAGCAGCUGAUGUUCGAAUCUGGGGAAGAGGAGGAGGAGGAGGAGGAAGAGGAAGAGGAGGAAGAUUUCAAGCCCUCGGACGGAAGUGAGAAUGAGAUGGAGACAGAGAUUCUGGACUACGUGUGACAAAGCCCUGGGCCCCAGGCUGGCCGGUCUGUGCUGUAGUUCCCGUGCCCCGCCCCUGGCGGGAGAGACGAGGAGGCCAUUCCCAGCGGCGCAGCUCUGCAGAAGUUCCCCGAAGCAGACAGACCUAUGGCCUGCAGCUUCCGGGAGGAACCAGGCCCACCUCCCCGGAGAGCGCCCUGGAAGCUUCCCGCCGUGCCCACGGGGCAGCUCAAGUCACACCGUCUCCAAAGCCAGAUGCCUCAAGCCCACCCCAGCCUGCGGAUCGGUUCCUGGAAAGCCCUCCCCCAAGGCAAGACUGGCGGCCUGACGGGCAGCCCGGCCAGAGCUGCAGCUCCCUGGCCUGCAGAGAAGGCUCACCGCAGAGGCGGCGGGAGAAGCAGCGCCCCGCCCCCCCCCCCCCCCAGUCCCCCUCUUGGUGAGACCUCCCUCUGGAGCCCCUGGCCCUGCUCUGGGGAUGUCUCAGCCGUGGCCACUCCCACUCCUGACGCCCCAUCUUCCAGGGCCUUCCUGGUCCCUGGGCAAAUCUGAGGCGGGUGCUGGGGUAGCCGCCCCCCCUCCUCCCGCCCCCCAGGCCCUGCUCCCCACAGCCCAGGCCACGCCCACGCUGCCUUAGAGCUGACUGGAAGGGCUUUAUUGAAGUCUACUCAAAUUCCAAAAGUAUGGCUGUUCUCUUAUACAAUAAAAGUGGUUUAUUUUGAAA